CGCCUCCACGCGUCAGGACAACACAUGGCUGAGGCCGCGAGGUGAAAGCGUAGCUGGGAACGUGAGAUUUAAGGCCCCUGGGAUCACGUCGCAUGGAGGUCAAGGGUCAUCUGAUCACAUCCAUGGGUUUGGGGUCUCCUGAUGUUCAAGGCAGCCAGGACAGCAAGCUGCAGGCUGAACGGAUCGCAGCUCUGCAGGAGAGGAAGCAGGCCCUGGAGGCGCUGCUCCACAGCAGAGUGGGGGAGCUCAAACAAGUGUGUCUGCAGGAAGCGGAGCUGACGGGGAAGCUGCCGCGCGCCUUCCCCCUGGAGACGGGGGAGAAACCCCCAGUGGUGCAGCGCCGGGCCGGCCUGGCGCCCGGCACCAAGGCUGAGGAUGAGGCCGCCCAGCGGAAGCAGAUGAAGGCCAUCUUCGCCGGCACCCUGUACAGGCACUCGGAGGCCGACCGGGGCGUCCCGAACAGCAAGAGGACGGUCCACCGGGGCUGCCACACAGAGGACACGGUGAUGUCGGAGAGCACCAGCUCCAUGUCAGACUCCACGUCCCACGACAACGAGUCCUCCCCCAGCGUGGCGGCCGACCAGCGCUCCCUGUCCCAGCCUCGCCUCACCGUGGGCAGCCCCGACCACCGGAUCAGCAGGAAGCUGUCGCCCGUGGAAAUCUACUACGAGAUGAGGACGCGCCGCAACUCCGUCACCAGCUCCGUCAGCCCCACUCACUCUUUGCCGCGAAGCGCGUCCAACGUGGAAGGAAGAAGUGUCCCGGCGACUCCUCUGUUGGCCCGAACGGCUCCCAUCAGUGUUCACGUCAGGUCAGACGGGUCAGGUGGCACUGUGCUGAAGCAGUGGUCCGGCAGCCUGGAUGUGCCCUACAUGAUUCCUCUGGCCCAGGAGGGCUCCUCCUCGGACCGCCGGGGCUGCCCGUACAGCGCGCGGGCCAGGCGCAGCAACAGCUCCGAGGCCCUGCUGGACCGCUCCAGCCUCCCGGAGGACUCGGCCCCCAGGAACAGGAUGCCCCCUAGAGGCGGGCCCUACAAGAGCUCCGAGACGCUGACCGACGGCAAGCUGCGGCAGAUCCACCUGGGCAGCCCGGAGAAGGACGCGGAGAGCCCGGUGGAGCAGGCCAAAAUGCGCCUGUCCAUGGGCGGCAGAGGGGCCGGCGGCGGCGGCUACAACGAGCUGCUGAUGGACUACAUCUGGGGGAAGCAGCAGAGGAUGCAGAUGCAGCACCAGCUGUUCCAGUCCACGGGCCGCAUCUGGCAGGACGUGCCCUCGCCGCGCUCCUCCACGGCGGCGGCGGCGCCGCCUCCGCACGCCAACGGCUUCUCUCACUCGCAGGUGCACCUUCCCAGCACCGCGCCCCCGUACAGCCCCAUGGUCCUGAGGGGGUCCCAGGCGGAGCUGCCCCGGGUCAAGGUCACCAGAACCAAAUCUUGCGGCCCCUUUAUUCCCCUGCAGCAACACCCCCAGGACGCGGUCCUCCUGUCAGCGUACGAGUCCCCGCUUCCUGCCGCCGGCACCACCACGUCCUCCAUCCCCAACCUGCUCCCCUACCAGACGGAGCUGUCCGGCUCCUUCAACCGCAGACCCCCGCAGUUCUCCCUUCCAACCCCGGAGGACUCCACCCGAAGCCUGCACAAAGCUCUAGCUCUGGAAGGCCUGCGGGACUGGUACCUGAGGAACGCCCUCGGCUACACGCCCGCCGCCGCCAAGGGCCACGAAGCGGGCGUGUCUCGGCUCUCGCACCCCCACCCGCUGGUGCACCAGGCCCACUCGUUUCAGGGUGACGCCGCCAACCUCCACAGACCUCAGAUGCCCCAGUCAGCCAGCUUCCACGGUCACCCACUGCACGGAAGGUCGAUGGAGUUCUCUCUCUAUCAGGACGCUCAGACGCAGGAGGUCGCCCCGAAGGAGCCCAGUGCGGACCCGGGCACCCUCGUGUGACGCCGCACAACGCACACACGCGCCGCACACGCUCAGACCCACACAGUCACACACUUACGCAAACAAUGUGACCUCAGCAGCAAAGCAAAACACAGCGACCUCAGCAGAAAAGCGACUGGAGACAAACUGUAGCCGGACAGUGUGAAAAAGCCUUGGCAUCUCCCUGUGUUAUAGCCCAACCCGACGAUACGAACUUCACACUCUAUAUUCACCUAUAGAGUCAUUCUAUACUUACUCACCGAUAUAUAUCUGGUCCGACACAAGCAGUAAAAUCCUUCCAAAUAACCUGAAAAGUCUCCCAAAAUAUACUUUUUUACAGAAUAUAUACAACUUUAAAUCAAUAUUUUGUAUCUUCUGAGAUAUAAAGAACAGUUAUAUUAAAGAAGUAAUUUAUUGCUCAUUAAUCAAGUGAUAUAAAAAAAUGUUACAUGAGCUGACGUCCUUUUAAACCUGCUGGUGAAUGUGUGUUUGUAAAUGAUAUAAAAAUGCAAAGCCACGCUUCUGUCCCCAUGUCACAGCCAUUUGUACCUUUCACGUUUGAUAACAGAAACUGGCCAUGAGCUGUAGCAACUGUAGCGGACGGCAGUGCCUAAAUGUUUUACGCUUUGAACUGCCCAAAGCUCGACGCUGGUUGGACGAAGGCGCCUGCGUGAGGGCAGUUCGUGAUGUCACUAGGCUGGAGUGGCUGGACUUGUGUCCUGUAGCCUCAGCUCAGCGCUGGCUGAGAGACGUAGCUUCCUCUGUGCUGACCUCGCUACUGAUAACUCCACCGGUCUUAAAGGGCUGACGGCUUGUUUGUGACCUACUGUAUGGCAGUAGCACAUGACUGUAUGACAGAGUAUUUACCCAUCAGAUCUGUUUUUUAGACGUCAUACAGAGCACUUUACGGACAUCUUAAGCCUUAAUUCCCUAUGAAAUAGUCGCCGUGAUGACAGGAAGUAGGACAGGCUAGACAGGGUUCACGUCAUCGAGGACUGUGACUUUUGUCGUCAUCUGCUGAAGUUCCGUCUUAGUAUUGGCAUGUACAGUAUAUAGUGUGGUUGCAAAGCUGAUAUUUUAUUCCUGUACUAACAAUGUCGUUUUUAAACUAACCACAUAAUAAAGCCGUUAAUUGCUGUAACCUUUCUGCUCCUUCCGCCCCCGAGCGAGCACGAUGUAGAACAGAACAGAACAGAACAGAACAGAACAGAACAGAACAGAACAGAACAGAACAGAACAGAACAGAACAGAACAGGGCUGCUUCAGUACUGAAUGACGGUGUGAGCAGGUCUCACACCAGUAAAUGCGUUUAUGAGAAUUCAUGCCAGCUUUUUGUACUUUUAAUAAUUUUGACUCAUUUCAUCUGUCUGGAUCAUGUUUUUUUUUAAAUAAUCCUUCUAAAAAUACAGUCCUUUGUCAUAAUAUAUAUGUUUUUAUACAUGAGUUCUGAAAGUAAAAACAUUCAGAAAUGAAAAAAACAACAACAAGACAUUUGUCUUUGUGAAAACAGACCCUCAGAUUCAUUUUGAAGGUAUUUUUCCAUUUAGUCCAGUGUCGACUUACUUGAAUGUAUUUCUUUUUGUGAGUCAUAAGUGAUGUCAGAAGUGUUGUCUGAAGUGUUCGCAUCCUCCCAUCCAGCGUCAUUGAGUUUCUACUUGGAUCAAACCUAAAAUCAAAGACCAAACUGCUGUGCACUGGGGGUCGUAAAUGUAUUUUUCAUAUUAUGUACGCUGUUGAAAAUAAAUGAUAUAAAUUUAGCUCUAGAGCAAAUUUAUUCAAACUACAGUAUAUUAUAUUUAUGAACCUAUAACAUUUUGUAGCUAUCUGAAGUAGCUCUUUCUCAUUGGUGAGGGAAUCGGUGAAGUGUGUUAAAACCAUUUCAUUCAGCAGUGUGUUGUAUUAACGUCUGAUUAUUCAGAUGUCUUUUUUCAUUUAGGUAUUUAAAUGCAGCUAUUUUUGUCUUUUUUCUCUCUUUAUAUCGAGGCCUGUGAAUUAAGGCUUGCCCUAUACUGUAUGUAUGAGAUUGUGCAUUCAUUCUACUAAAUAAAGUGUCAUGUUAAAACCA